AAUUGAUAUGUUGAGGAAAAGCACACAAGAAAGAAGAUACGCCAGGGCCAUGUAUGACUACAAACCAAGAGACGAUAACGAGUUACGUCUGGAGGCGGGAGAUGUAAUUGAAGUACUAGAAGGGGAGGCUGGUGAUUGGUGCCUGGGUUUCACGGCAGGCAGGGUGGGGCUCUUCCCGUCAAACUACGUCAUCUUCAUCUCUGCUUCAGAAGCGGCAGAGGAUGACCACAUCUACAGUGAAAUGAAGGAGUCCCAAAAACGGCCCACCCCCAAAGCGUGACACUACUUCAGGCUUACCACCUACAGUUUAGCUGCUGGUCUUCAACUGCAGCGGCUUCUGCAUUUGACCACUCAGUUGUGUACCAUGGCGUCUGACCAUACUGUCGAAGUGGAUGUUUCAGUACCGU